AUGGUUAAGCUUUCACAUCAGCCACCAAGAUAAGCAUAUAUUGAGAAUCAGGCUUUUGUAUUCCCCUGUCACUUUAUACCUAUCUCAGCUUUAGCUUUUUGCUUUUCUCAAAAAAAAAAAAAAUUAUUUUUCUAAUCAUAUGGGAUUUGGAGAAGGGGGAGAGGGGACAGAAAAAUGGAAGGUGGAGAGUGAGAGUUGAUUUUCAACUUUCAAGAAACACUCAAAAGCUUCUGAUAAAUUCUCCACUCUCCUGAUUCAUCAGGCAAAUUGAAGAGCAUAUUUGCAUUACUCAAUGGCUGCUCAAAAGUCUCAGGUUCACUUUGUCCUUGUGCCCUUAAUGUCCCCUGGUCAUCUCAUCCCUAUGGUGGACUUAGCUAAAUUGUUAGCACAACAUGGUGUAAUUGUUUCUAUAAUUUCUACACCGCUUAACACCAUCAGAUUCAAAUCAGGUAUUGAUCACUCUGUCAAAUCAGGCCUUCAGAUCAGAAUACUUGAACUCGAAUUUCCAGCUGUACAAGCCGGUAUGCCCAAGGGAUGUGAGAAUAUGGAUUCCUUACCUUCUCGCGAUUCGAUUAAGGAUUUCUUUGUAGCUGCUAGCAUGUUGCAAAAACCAUUUGAAUUAUUGUUCAGUGACCUUAAGCCUAAACCUAGCUGCAUAAUUUCUGGGAAAAACAUGGCCUGGACAGUCGAUAGUGCACGUAAGUUUAGAGUUCCUAGGAUUUUCUUUGAUGGUAUGGGCUGUUUUUCUUCUACAUGCACACAGAAAUUGCAGAGUUCUAAAGUUCAUGAGGUUGUCUCCAAUUUUCAGCCUUUUGUAGUACCAGGUUUGCCUCAUAGAAUAGAGUUGACUAAAUCACAGUUGCCUGAAAAUCUGAAUCCAGGCUCACCAGACUUGGUCGACGUUCGCAAUAAGAUGGUUGCUGCUGAAUCCAUCUCAGAUGGGAUUAUUGUCAAUACUUUUGAGGAACUAGAACUUGAAUAUGUUGAAGAAUUCAAAAAGAUCAAAGGUGGGAAAGUCUGGUGCAUUGGCCCUGUUUCAGCCAGCAACAAAUCGGAAUCCGAAAAGGCUGCAAGAGGCAAAACUGUCUCUUUGGAUGAGAACCAAUGUCUAAAAUGGCUUGACUUGCAACAACCAAACUCUGUGGUUUAUGCCAGUCUUGGAAGCAUCUGUGGCCUCACAUGUUCACAACUUAUAGAACUUGGGUUAGGUUUAGAAGCAUCAAAUAGGCCAUUCAUAUGGGUACUGAGAGGAGGGGAGAAAUCAAAAGAGUUAGAGAAGUGGAUUGAAGAAGAAAGAUUUGAAGAAAGGAUAAAAGGAAAAGGAAGAGGCUUUUUAAUAAAAGGCUGGUCUCCUCAGAUACUUUUAUUGUGUCAUCCAUCUGUUGGUGCUUUCUUAACACAUUGUGGUUGGAAUUCAACUCUAGAAGGGUGCUGCUCUGGCUUGCCUAUAAUAACUUGUCCAUUGUUUGCUGAGCAGUUUAUUAAUGAGAAAUUGAUAACAGAAGUGUUAGGCACUGGUGUUAGUGUGGGAGUCAAGGCUGCUGUUACAUGGGGAAUGGAGGAGAAAUCAGGCUUAGUAAUGCAGCGCGGAGAUGUAAAGAGUGCCAUUGACAAGAUCUUCGAUAAGGGUGUACAAGGAGAAGAUCGACGUAGAAAGGCAAAAGAGAUUGCUAAGAUGGCAAAGAGGGCUUUAGAGGAAGGUGGCUCAUCUUACCUUAACAUAGAGGCUUUGAUUCAAGAUAUUAUGCAACAAAGUUUGAGCAGUGUUGAGGCAACUUCUUGAUAGUUCUUAUGACAAGCAAGGUUUUUUUUCCAGAAUAUAUGUAGUCAUGCAUAGAAGGGGAGCCUUGGCGUAACUGGUAAAGUUGUUGCCAUGUGAGGUCACGGGUUCGAGCCAUGGAAACAGCCUCUUGUAGAAAUGUAAGGUAAGACUGCGUACAAUAGACUCUUAUGGUCCGGUCCUUCUCCCCAGCUUAGUGCAUCGGGCUGCCCUUUAUAUGUAGUCAUGCAUAAACCCUUUCCCCUGAAUAGUGAUUUGUGUCAUUUAGGAAUAUAAUUUAGCUGCUGUGUUUUCAUUUCUCACUUUCUUUAAGUAAUUGUCCAUUUAAAUGUUGAAACUAUGAGUUGCGCUUUACAGUAAAAGGUUUAUUGAUUAGCUUCU